AUGCAACGCUUUUGGCAUCUCCUUCCACUUGCCUUGAAUGGCUUCAGAGCUGCCAAAGCCUCUGAGUUGCCUGCCGCAAUUGGACCGCCCCCCGACGCCAACCCUUUGGCUUUGGGACUCUACGCCACACAUGAGAUCCAAGAGCCUACCGCACUCGAAGUAGAGGGCGAAAUUCCAUCAUGGCUAACUGGCUCUCUGUAUCGUGGCGGAGCAGGUACCUGGGACGUCGGUAACUUUACAGCUGAACACUGGUUCGACGGCUUUAGUCGUAACCACAAGUUUGAGAUUGCCAACGGUGCCGUCACCUACCGAAGCCGCAACUCAACUGACGAGCUGAUUCACUUUGUCCGAGAGACGGGUAUUUAUCCGUCGGGUUCGUUCGGAACGGAUCCUUGCAAGAUCAUAUACGGUGCCAUGGAGACUACGUUCAGGGAUGGAAACAACACCUACGGCGACAGGGAUAACAACAACGUCGGGGUAGCCUUCAUCCCUAAUUUUGCUGGUCUGGAUCGUAACACCAGCAGCGUCGGAUCGCCUUUCGACACCUUGGUCGUCACGACAGAUGCCAAUUCCCUGCAGCAGAUUGACCCCGUCACGCUGGAACCCAUUGAGCUCUUCACCUACCGAGCUGCGAAUCCACUGUUGAGCAACGACGGACGAACGGCCGCUCACCCAUUCUUUGGAACGGACGGAUCUAUCUACAACUAUCUCCUCGACAUGUCCCUUAAGACUCCUACCUAUCGCGUCUUUGGUAUCCAGCCUCCAAGUGGUGAAGCCAAGAUCCUUGCCAACAUCACUGACGCGCCGCCUGCCUAUCUUCAUUCCCUUUUCGGCACAGAGAACCAUCUCAUCUUGAUUGUCUGGCAGGCUGAUCUGGUAAAGCCCGGGAGGACCGUCAUGGAGAGCAUUGGUCCUUGGAACCCAGACCGGAAAUCGCUUUUCUAUGUCAUUGAUCGAGUCAACGGCGGUGUUGUCGCCAAGUAUGAAUCAGAAGAUGCAUUCUUUGCGUUCCACCAGAUCAACUCUUUCGAGGCUGACAAUGGUGAUAUCUACGUCGACCUUCCAACUAAACCGGAUGCGAGCUUUUUGAGUGCAGCUAAGGUGCCCAACUUGCGAGCCAACAUCGGCACUUCGCAUGGCUCAUCCAAGAACGACAUUGCUGGAACCUUUACUCGAUAUCGCCUCCCCUGCCUUGGCGAUAAUGCUCGUGCCUCUAAUGGAUCCCUCAUCACACACAUAGCCGAGGUUGACUUCACUUUGCCCUAUGCUGAGGCCAACAUUGAGCUUCCGCGAAUCAACGAAAUAUUCUACGCACGUCCUUACAGGUAUACCUAUGGUGUACACGUUAACCAAAAGGGCUACUUCAGCGACUCCAUCAUCAAGAUCGACACUCAGACCAAGCAGGUUAAGACUUGGACCCCAUCUGUCAAGCACCUCCCGUCUGAGCCAAUCUUUGUGCCUACUCCUGGUGGCGAGCGUGAGGAUGAUGGUGUUCUCCUGACGGUGGCCAUGGAUACCACUAAGCGAGCAAGUUCUCUGGUGAUUAUCAAUGCGACCACGAUGGAGGAGAUUGGAAGAGCUCGGAUGCCGGUUGUUAUGGGGUAUGGGUUUCAUGGUGUAUGGGGCACAGUUUAA